CUGUGUCGUCUGUUUCCUUUCUUACAGACCAUCAUCAUCAUCAUCUUCAUCAUCUUCAUCAUCAGUGACGUGAAGUCCUCAGAGGACAUCAACAACUAUGGAGCUUCUUCCUCUCGUGUGUCUCUGUCUGCUGAGCUGCUCUGGAGACGCUGUCAGAGUGGUCGUGGAAGAAGACAGUGAUGCUGUUUUACCCUGUUGGAUCAGAACCAAGGAGAACCUCGCAGGAAAACUGUUUGACUGGAAGAAAGAUGGUCAGAAGAAGAAGGAGGUGUUCCUGUAUGAUGCAGGCGUUCAUUACAAUAACGGCCGUCAAGGUCAAGAUGAGCAGUUCAAAGGUCGAGUCUCAUUUUUUCAAGAUCAACUGCAGAACGGCAACGCCUCCAUAAAGAUCACAAGAACAAAGAUGGCCGACAGCGGGAACUACAGCUGUGAUUUUCCACGUCAUCAACCGAGACAAACAUCCAUCAUCGAGCUUGUUGUUGCUGUCAGAGUGGUCGUGGAAGAAGGCAGUGAUGCUGUUUUAAACUGUUGGAUCAGCACCAAGGAGGACAUCACAAGAAAGACUUUUGACUGGAAGAACGAUGGUCAGAAGGAGAAGCAGGAGGUGUUCCUGUAUGAUGCAGGCAAUCAUUACAAUAACGGCCGUCCAGGUCAAGAUGAGCAGUUCAAAGGUCGAGUCUCAUUUUUUCAAGAUCAACUGCAGAACGGCGACGCCUCCAUAAAGAUCACAAGAACAAAGAUGGCCGACAGCGGGACCUACAGCUGUGAUUUUCCACGUCAUCCUUGGAUACAAACAUCCAUCAUCGAGCUUGUUGUUGGUGCAGCUCCAAAGCCAUCCAUCACUACACUUGAUGUAACAAAUCACUGGUCUCUGCUGCAGUGUGAAGCUCAUGGUGAUCCACUUCCUACAUUAGAGUGGAAGGACAGUGAUAACAACACUCUUCCUGCUGAUACACCUCAGAUCUCAGACAGAGGAGGUCGAUCAUACAUCACUGUCAACGUUACUGUGACCAAGACUGGCCGCUAUCGCUGUGUAGCUACACAGGAGACACUCAGCCAUCAGAUUGCUGCUGAGACCUCUGUACUCAUGUAUGGUGCAGCUUCAAAGCCGUCUGUCACAACUAUUAAAACAGAUGGUGUGAUGGUUCUCCAGUGUGAAGUUCUUGGUGCUUCUCCAAAACCCAAAGUCCAGUGGAAGGACAGUUCUGGAAACAUCCUUCCUGUUAAAGAUCUGAAGGAAACAGAAAGAGGAGACAGCUACGACAUCGUCCUCCAAACUACUUUGACCAAGACGGACAACUUCCGCUGUGUCGUCACUCAGGAAGAAAUCAACCAUCAGAUUUAUGCUGAGAUUGAUGCAAACAUCAGUGGGUCCAACACUGGCUGGAUCGUUGCUGGAGUUGUCAGCCUCCUCUUAGUUGUUGCCAUUAUUGUAGCUGGUGUUUUAGCUGUGCUUUACAUCAAGAAAAGCAACAAACAAUAUUGUGCGAAAGACAAGAACAGCAGCAAAGAAGAAAAUGGUCAAACUGAACCCGACUCAUCGACCUCGCUGAAAGAAUCCCACUGAUCCAGAAAUGUGACUCUCUUUGCAUGUGCUGUGAAGUUUGCUGCUGCUGAAUGUGUGAGUUGUAAGAGUGAAACAUUUAGAGAAAGCAGUCAGAGUUUCAGACGAUGCUGGAUGACAGUGAGGACGUUUUGUCUGCUUGUUUCAGGCAGUUUAAGAGUUAAAAGCUGAUUUAAAGUCAGUUUAAAGUGGAAAUGAGUUUUUGGGAUCAGGGUUGUGAUGGUAGCAACGUGGAAAUGAAGGUUGUUCUCACUUUGAUGCAGAAGACGCAGAUUUGGACUGAGGUGCACAUUACUUGGCAUUUGUUUUAAGGAGAAGAUAGUUUUCAGCUGUGAUCCUGUUGAGUAUAUUUAGUGUUCAGUAGUAACACUCACCUGAUACGUCAGCUCGGCUCUUGUUGUUACUUCCACCGUUGAUUCACCUCCACUGACUGACCACAUUAACACACCUGUCACAGUCACAUUACCUGAUGAGGUCGCUUCUGUCUCAGGAGCUGUUAAAGUGCUUUCAUUUAGUUUCCUUCAUUGUUUUAUUUAACAUGGAGCAUAAUAUACAUUACUAUCAGCCCUUCACAAUAAGAGCUGGUCCACAUGCAGCACAGUGACAUGUAGCUGUAACAGAAGAGAGCAGGUGGCCUUUAAUGCCGACAGAACUGAUUAUUAAUGAAUCGUUCUGUCAAGUGAGAAUUAAAUGAAUUCUGAUAUUUGGUGAGAUUCAGUUCCACUCUUGUGCAGCUUGAAGAGAAAAAAUGAUGCAGCGAACAAACUUUGACUCUGUUAUUAAUGUUGUUGAGGACAAAGACGAGCUCUUUCUCUCUGUUCUAUGUUGCUUUUAUUCUUUUAUUUUUAUCCUCUGAUGAUCUGAAGCGUCUCUAGCAGCUGGUCAGUUAAUCACACGUCGCUGGUUCGAUCCCCGGCUCCUCCCGUCCACAUGUCCAAGUGUCCUUGAGCAACAGGCUGAAGCCCAAACUGCUCCUGAUGGUCAGACCAGCACCUUGCAUGGUAGCUGACUGCCAUCGGUGAGUGAGUGAGUGAGUGAGUGAGUGAGUGAGUGAGUGAGUGAGUGAGUGAGUGAGUGAGUGAGUGAGUGAGUGAAUGGAUGAAUGAGGGCAGCAGUGAUGUAUAAAUGCGUCUAUUUACCAAAUAUUAUCAGACUGCUUGUAGAGCUUAAAGCUCCUGACUGAGCUCCACAUGUGCUUUAAAACCAUCAGACUUCACUGAACUGAAGCUGCUGUUAACACUGUCAGUCACUGUCAAUAUUUUGUAGCUACCAGUUAAUAUAAUGUGACACUUAUGGUUUGUUUUAUAUUAAUGUAAUUGAUAUUAUUGGACUAUUAUCUGGCCCCCAAAAAUAUUCCCAUGUUAAAUCAUAAUCAUCAUUAUUAUUAUUAGAGAAUAAAGUAAAAUAUAUCGAAAUAAUGAAUUAAAAGAAUCAGAAUUAUGAGAGAGAACUUCAAAAUUAUGGAUUACAUUUUUUUAUUUUCAGUUUUUCUCACAUCAUUUUGUCCUUUAUCUCACAAUUAUCAUUUACCAUGGGAAUAGUUUAUGCUUAUUUUAUUUUUUAUAUUUUUAUGCUUCCUUGUAUUGGUUGAGGUGCUGAUCCAGAGUCAGUUACUAACUGAACUCUACACUCAGUGUCCAGUUUAUUACGUGCAGCCAGCUGAAGCUGAAGCAGUCUGAUACAACAGUCGUGCAGUAAAUCCUCCUUCAUGAAGGUUUUAAUGUUCAGUUUGUUGUCAAAGAUUCGACUUAAUGAAUCAGUUUGGAGGCUGUUGAACUGUUGUGUCUUAUUCUGCAGCUGUUUGUAUUAUUCUUAGUUUAGUUUGAGCUGGGCUUGAUGUCACAGAAAGGGGGCGGGGCAUCUGUCACUCACAAAGCAUCCUGGGAAUGAUUUGAUUCUGAUCAGAUCAAUGCUGCAGAUGUAAAUCUGUCAUAGAUAUGAAAGAACAACAUCUGACAGCUGACUUGUUUGAUUACAUGCUGCAUAUUUAUGAUAGUUGUCUGCUGCAAAUGUAAAAAAUAAAAUGUGUUUGUGUACAAUAAUAAAUGUCUAAUGUUC